CCCAACCUCUGAACUGGAGACAUGUGCGCCCUGCACUAUCCCCUGAUGCUUCUGACGAUGCUUCUUCUGCACAAGCAUGGUUGUUAUGCUGAAAAGAUCAUUAAUGGGAGGAAUGUAGCAGUUGAAGACAUGCAGUACAUGGCAUCAGUGCAGAACAAUGAGAAGCAUGUCUGUGGAGGCUUUGUCAUAAAGCCCAACUUUGUACUGACUGCAGCACACUGCAGAAAAUGCCUAACAGGCAAAGUUAGUGUUGUUCUUGGGGCACACAACAUCCAUAAACCAGAGAAAAGAAAGCGAUAUUAUAUUGGAAAACAAAACAAAAUCACCCACGUUAACUAUACAAGAACCAAAACUGGAAAUGACAUCAUGCUGUUGAAGCUGUCAAGGAAAAUUGGCAAAGAUGUGAAAACAGUGAACAUCCCAUCAUCUGAUGAGAUGAAGAUGAAAAGUGGCACAAACUGCUUGGUCGCUGGUUGGGGUAAAACAAGUAAGAAUAAUGCCACAAAUCGGCUCCAGGAGGCCGAUGUCCAAGUCGUCGAUUUCCAAGAGUGCCAGGCAGAAUGGAAUCAGAACAGCAUCAAUCAGACACUUCCUAAAAAUGUGAUGUGUGCCAAAGGGUUCAGAAGGAGUGGUCCAAGUUCGACAGACUCGGGAGGUCCAUUGGUGUGCAACGGCCUGGCUGUGGGUAUAGUGUCAUUCAACCUGAAUGCUGAAAGCUAUCAAGAGAUCAUUCCUGCUGUUUAUACUCAAAUCUCAAAGUUCCUGCCAUGGAUCAAAAGCAAAAUUGGUUCCAGUUUUGAUUUGCAAGAUUCUUAUUUUGAGAAUUUUAUCCCCUGCAGUGCACUGAUGCGUCUGUCACUUGGGGUUGUGAACAUCAUGGAUGCUGCAACUCUGCUCUGCCUCCAGCUGGCAGCUUCCAUGCUGUUGUUGGUUUUCUCAAGUGCUCAGGGUGGGUAUGUGGGCAUCGUGAAUGGCACUGUAGCAAAAAAACACUCCAGACCUUACAUGGUCUCUGUGCAGAAAAAUAAGGGACAUAUCUGUGGUGGCUUUCUGGUGUCUGAGUCAUUUGUCAUGACUGCAGCUCAUUGUAUCACUUGGGGAGUGGAUUUGACUGUUGUGGUAGGGGGACAUGACAUUACAAAUCAGAAAAGUGGCACAAGGAUACAGGUGAAAUACUACCUUACCAACCCCGGAUACAACCCUGAGACACUUCAGAAUGACAUUGCAAUUCUACAGCUGGCAGAAAGAGCAAAUCAGUCCAACUCUGUACAAUGGAUCUCUAUUCCUGAGAAGGACGACAUCAAAGGGGCAGAGGUUUGUAGUGUGGCCGGAUGGGGGGCAACGAAAACCAAUGGGCGUGAAAACAAUCUCCUUCUCCAGGCAGAUGUGGUUAUCAUGAAGAGAAAAGAGUGCAAUCAAUUAUGGAAGGGAUACUUCAAUAAAAAAAUGCUUUGUGCGAGUGGUAAAGCAGGCUUUUGCCAGGGUGACUCAGGAGGCCCUCUGGUCUGCAAGAACAAGGCUGUGGGAGUAGUGUCGUUCAAUGAGAGAGAAAACUGUAACAACCCAAAAAAGCCAAAUGUCUACACAAGAAUAUCAGCAUAUCUGCCCUGGAUAAAGAAGAUUUUAAACAGUGUCAAACACUGAUGAAAUGAAAUAAAUGUUUAAAUGCUUU